CACUGGACAGCUCUGUCCAACCUGGUGGCCUCUCUGCUCAACUCCAUGAAGUCCAUCAUGUCCCUGCUCCUCCUCCUCUUCCUCUUCCUCAUCAUCUUCGCUCUGCUGGGCAUGCAGCUGUUCGGAGGGAAGUUCAACUUCGACGAGACCCAGACCAAGAGGAGCACCUUCGACACCUUCUCCCAAGCCCUGCUCACCUGCUUCCAGGUAACCCCACCUGAAAAAGGCUUCAUAGUGCUUCAUAAUGAAUCAUAAUGCUUCAUAAUGCUUUGUAAUGCUUCGUACAGUAAGACUACAUGGAGGAUGGGACCUGAACAAGGCUUCAUUAUGGUUCAUAAUGCUUCAUGAUGCUUUGUUAUGGUUCAUAAUGCUUUAUGAUGAUUUGUUAUGGUUCAUAAUGCUUCAUCAUGCUUUGUAAUGUUUCAAAAUACUUCGUAAUACUUCAUAAAGUAAGAUUAUAUGGAGGAUGGGACCUUAAUAAUGCUUUACAAUAGUGUUUGAUGCUUGUUUUGAUAUCGAUCAUGUUAUUUAAAAGACAAAAGGAUAUGUCCACAUCGUGUGUUGUUUUUCUCAUUUUAAUUCUUAAAGGUCUGAUUCUAUUUUGAGAAAUGCCAUGAACGUGAUGAUGAGGAAUUUCAUGGAAUAAACAUGUUGUUUCUUCUCUCCUCUCUCUCGAGUACAUACCACUUCAUCUACUCUGUCUAUCUCUCUCUUUCUGGGAGCAUCUUGUAUUUCUCUCGCGAUAGCUCUCUUGUCGAGGGAUGACGACGACUCGAGCUAGAGAGAGACCGAGGAGAGAGAGCUUCUCUCUGAUCUCAGUUAUCUAGAUGCUGUAUGCGCUUGAGCUCUCUUUCUUUCUCGAUAUCUGUUCUCUCUUUCUCUCUGAGAUCGCUCUUUCACUCUCUCUCCUCUCGCUCUAGCUCUCUCUCUUCUCUUCCAUCUCUCUGUUUCUCUCUGUCAUGUCAGAUUCUAACAGGUGAGGACUGGAACUUAGUGAUGUAUGAUGGCAUCAUGGCGUACGGAGGGCCUGUCUUCCCUGGGAUGAUCAUCUGUAUCUACUUUGUCAUCCUCUUCAUCUGUGGUAACUGUAUCCUUUCACACAGACCAUGA